UAUUGACGCCCGAGCAGUGAUCAGCUAACCGUGGAUAGAGAAGCUACAAGCAGAUUCAGUCUUGUUGAAAGCCUCCGAGGAAAGUCCAUCUUGGUGGAAACUACUGAGACAGUAGUGCACAGCUACUGCAGGUCAUUCCCACUGACCUGGAUUUGUGGUAAACACAACCUUGUGUUCUUUUCAUCCAGUGCGCGGCAGAAGGCCCAAAGGACACCUUUAUUACCUGUCAUUUUAACGCUUCUGACACGCGAUCGAUUGACGCACCUUCCACAAUGCAGUCGUGGGUCGUGCUGCUCUCUGCUGUGCUGCUGUCGUGCUGCGGACCAUCUCUGGCGUACCCAGACGGCGCUCCAACAGAAGCAUGCACCAACAUGUUUCCCAGCGGACACCACGCGGACGCCCAGUCCAGCACGCCGCCAUACGAGCUAACGGUCAGCAGCACCAGCCUCACAGCCAGCAACGUGUACACUGUGACUUUGAAGGUCAAGUCCGGCCAGACAACCACCUUUAAGGGAUUAUUCGUGCAGGCACGUCUUGCCGACAACUGCAACAACACUUCUCCCCACGGCACCUUCACCGUCCCGAGCGACGGCUUCCUGAAGUUAACGCCGUGCACUGUAGCAAAUGACGCUGUGACUCAGAUUAAUGACAUCCCCCAGACUACCAAGACCUUUAACUGGACAUCACCAUCUUCCAUCCCGGGCACAGUCUACUUCAGGGCGACGGUGGUGUACAAUGAGAAAACCUUUUGGACCGAUGUGUCCUCGGACUUCCUGAGGCCGUCGGGCGCCACGGGGACCCCACAGGUCUGUACUGUACAGAAGACGUCAGGUGGAGCUGCGGUCGCCGCCACUGUGCUGCUGACGACUGUCCUCGCUCUCACCUCCUUUGCUCUUGUGCUUUGAUCUCGCCGAGUGUCGAGGCACUAGGCACCAAGGCGUAUUCUUAGGACACUCAUUGCCCAGUAUGUGACUUCUGUCAUUCUUGUUACAGGAUCGCCAUGUAAACGUUUGCCGGUUACAGUCGUUUAUUUGACAAGGUGUGUCGAGAAGACCUUUAGUGCUCUGACACCUGAAUGAAAUGCACUAAUUAUUACCUUUAACAGCAACAAUCAUCUGUACUGUUCACGAUCACAACAGCUUUCGAAUUACUUCGCCUCAUACGCUGACCUUUUUUUUUUUAAGUAGCUCCUGACAGUUUAACUGCUGAACUCUGGUUAUUCAUCUGCUUUUAUUGCCAGGUGUUGUCUGCAUUAGCAAGCUCGACAGACCGGCAAGAGAAUGUAACACCUGAACUGAGUAGAAGAUGAGGCGAUAUUCUGGUCGACCAACUGGCUUCUGUGUCGACACAUGACCCUCUCUUUGACAAUAUAUCUUUUACCAAUUCAAAUUCUUUAGAACCGAAUCUUUUUUUCGGAUAUUGCUUCACUAUGCACAUCCUAGAACUCAUAAUAAACUUGUACUUGCCUAUCUUUUUUUUCUGUAUGCUUACUGAUUCAUUUUAUAAACGAAAAUAUUUUUCAUUGUAAAUUUAAGAUGAGUAGUCGGGAUAAGGCGUAAAACUUUCCCCUCUCAAGAUCUAUUAAGAAAACUUUGCCGCAGAGGGACUAGUAAGAAAGAAGAAUAUAUCAACACUCUCUUCUAUUAUUUUCUCCUCCCGACUAAUGCAGCUAUCACAUGGUAAUACCUUUACUAGUCUUUCAUCGCCUAUUGCCAUGAAAAAGUGUGAAAAGAAAUAUUUUUCUCAACUUACUUGUUUAUUGCUUAACACCUGUAUCAUGUCUUUUGUAUACAACAAAGCUAUUUUUUAAACAC